UGACCCCCUCCCAUUCUCAUGCAUGUAAUUGUCCCGUGACAACAUGCUCGCGCAUGCACUAAUAAGUUCAUAGCGCUCAAUACAUGUACACACAAAUCGCGACGUGCAUACGGGUACAGCGCCUCAACAUAAUGCCCUCCGUUUGAGUUCAGUAUAAUACAAAACCCUCGUAUUAUAACUUCUGAACUGUGCGAGCUUCUAGUUGCGUGGGCAGUCGUGCCUCAAUUUCUCGCCGAAUCAUGUACGGUAACAUUGCGAGUCGAGUCGGUUCCUUUGGCCUGCGAGUCAGCCGAGCAACGGGUGUAUUUGCCCGUCGAGCUUCAUGUAUUCCAUCGAGGGCACCUGGGGCAGGUUACGCGGCACGUCAUGCCUACACCCGGCGCUGGAGCUCGUCCAGUGCCGUUGAAAAUAUGCCCUCUCUGAUGAAAUUCUCAAACGGAGAAAAGGUGAAACCUACCUUCUCCAAGGCAGAGAUGGAAGGCCGACUGCGCAAACUCCGCACCUACAUGGACGAGAACUCGAUAGGGGGCGCUCUCUUCACCUCGUACCAUUGCAUCAACUACUACUCGGACUUCCUGUACCUUUCCUUUGGCAGGCCGUACGGGCUUGUGGUGACCCCUGAGAAGGUGGUUAUCAUAUCGGCGCUGAUUGACUACGGUCAGCCUGACAGGAGGAACCACCUGGGAGAAACCGUGAUUUACACGGACUGGCAAAGAGGCAACUAUUGGAGAGCCGUUGAGCAAGAGUUGGGACACAUCAAAGGAAAGGUUGGAUGCGAGUUGGAUCACAUCCCAGAAGAGAACCACAGGAAGUUACAAGAUGCCAUCCCAGGCGCUCAGUUGGUGGACAUCGCGGAGCCCAGCAUGUACAUGCGUUUGAUCAAAUCACCCGAGGAGAUCGCGCUCAUCAGAGAGGGCGCUCGUGUAGGGGACAUUGGUGGAGAGGCUGGGCGCGCAGCUUUGGCCCAUGGUGUCCCUGAGUACGAGGUAGCUCUGGCGUCAACUGGGGCAAUGGUUAGGGAGAUUGCGAAGACGUUUCCUCAUCAUGAGAUACGAGACACGUGGUCUUGGAUUUCAGGCGGAGUCAACACCGACGGAGCUCACAAUGCUGUCACGACCAGACCAUUCCAGAGCGGAGACAUUGUCAGUCUCAAUUGCUUCCCCAUGAUCGCCGGUUACUACACAGCUUUGGAGCGAACUCUCUUCAUCGACCAUGCAACUGACGAGAACCUCCGGCUGUGGGAGAUCAACUGCGAGGUGCACCGGCGCGGAAUGGAGCUCAUCAAACCCGGGGUCAAAUGUCAAGACAUCGCGCGAGAAUUGAACGAGAUUUUCCAGAAGCAUGACCUGCUCCAGUAUCGCACCUUUGGGUACGGUCAUUCGUUUGGGACGUUGUGUCACUAUUACGGCAGGGAAGCAGCUUUGGAGUUCCGUGAGGACAUAGACACGGUUCUAGAACCCAACAUGGUGGUCUCCAUGGAACCCAUGAUCACCAUACCAGAGGGUCAGCCUGGGGCAGGGGGCUACCGGGAACACAACAUCCUGGUACUACAUGAGGACGGAGCAGAGAAUAUCACUCACUUCCCGUUCGGACCUGAGCACCAUAUCGUCAAGAAUUGAAGAAUAACACACAUUAAAUACACCUGAAGACACAGAGACGUCACGCUUUGUUUAGGUGCGCUUUCCUACGGGAGCUUUGCCUCAUAUCCGUAGUUUAAUCAUUUUAAUGAUUAACUGUACCUCCCUAUGGACGGUGUGAAAAAUGAUAUUAAAAUUGCAGGAUUCAGGACUGUUAGGAUCAAUGAAAUGAAAUACAUUGAAAUAUUGAAUAAUAAAGAAACGCAACGGUGCUUUUUGAUGAAUUGCAUAAUCAUGGUGAUAUUCUAUUUAUGAGGAAAUAUUGGUUUCGUUGUCUUCAAAACUUUUUUUUCAGAUAAAGCAUCUGAUUUUGAUGCGUCUGCAUGUAAUUUAUAUAUUUUUGAUGAGGUUUUUUUUAUUCUGGAAAGCAAGGAAGAGCUAAAAGGAUUUUAUUAAAGUCAUUAUGAUUGCAUGCUUGUCUAAUUUGUGAAAAUGGUAAACAAAAUAAUGUGUAAUUUCAAGAUUUUUAAAUAAGACGUGCUUGAAAAAACUCAUGUUUUUUUGUAAGUGCAUCGCUUUAGAAAAUAAUAGUCAGAGAAAUCUAAAAAGUGUAGGCGUAGCGUGUAGCUUCUGAGCUUAUGAAUGAAAUUAUUAUAUGGGUUAAAGGGCCUCAAUUUUUACUAUUUUUCUUAUGCUUAACAAUUUGUGUAUUGACUGUAGCUCAAUAAAUUCAUCAUACUAAUUAAAAA